GCAGACAUUGAACACAGCCCCAUACUGCAGCCGUCCUCCCGAUCGACUGGGCUGUUCACAUCGCCCCUUGUCCCACACUCAGUGUCGUGCGUCUCACUGUCGUCUAUCCACUUGUCCAUCAACUUCACAUCGACACCCACACUUCACAAGUUCUCUCGCUCGGAUCAUCAAGACAUUCUUCGCUUCUUUCACAUCGCCUCUCUGAUUCCUUUCAGUCUCACUCCAUCUCUGGCUUCCACCCACUCCAUCCUAUCUGUCUCUCUUUCGAUACGCGGCUCUUCCCAGCACCCUCGGCACCCUCAACACACAGCCCGGCCUGCAUCAUGCUGCUGCUCGCCGUCGCCGCGCUGCUGGCUGCAGCCACCCCAGCAAUGGCGAUCACGUCAAACUGCUUCUUCAAUGUCUCCAUGCAGGACACCUCGCCACUCAUCCGAUACAACCCGCCCAGCGCCUUCAGGACGAUCUUUGUCAACUCGCCCGCCAGCACCUGGCAGCCGGGUAUCAUAGGCCAAGGUAUAUCGACGCACUCGACGUACGGGCUCGAGCCCUACAUCAUCGUCGAGUUCCCCGGCACGGUUGCAUGGGCCAAGGGCGGCGUCGCCAAUGUGUCAAACACUCCCAUCCGCUUCACGAUCGACGAUCGGCAGCAGCCGUACCCCGUGGUCGACGAGAAUGUAUUCCUCUCUACCAGCACGGAUCUUGCGAUGGGGCCACACACCGCCAGGCUACAGAUUGAUCCGAGCUCGACUGAUCCGCUUGCAUGGAUGGCCCUCUUCGUUUUCCAGACUCUGACUGGCGUCGCCGCCGAGAGUAACGACCCCGAGAAGGUCAACUGCCACGUAGUAGAAUUUGCCAAGCACCUGACCAACAACCAGGUCAUCAUGCAUGGCAACAAUUGGGAGCCGCACCAGACGUAUGGCGGCGUGGGCGGGCAGCCGCAGUUUGAUUACUCAUCCAUCAUUUCGAACAACACCGCCUCCGUGUCAUUGUACCCUCCCAAGGGAUCCAACUACUUCUACCUCAAUGGCACAGUAGGAAACGCCUAUGGCUUGUACACCGUCCUUAUCGACCCUGCUCCGCCCUACCCGCGCAACGACAACACAUUCAAUGCCUCCAACUCGUGGGACGUGCUCGGCGAGCUUCUCUACUUCACGCCGCUUGACCCCGAUGUUGAGUACAAGAUCACGGUGACAGGGGACGAGGAUGUCAACAAGUAUCUCGGCCUGAACAGCUGGAUGUACUGUGACUAUUCGCUCAACGGCAACAAGCCCAACGGCACCACCCCCACCAGGCCCGACAAGUCCGGUACUGAUGUCCCCUCGAAUGAGAAGAAGACCAACGUGGGCGCAAUCGCUGGCGGUGUGGUCGGAGGAGUCGCCGCUGCUGCAGCCAUCGGCGCUCUCAUCUUUUUCCUCUGCCGCCGCAACCGCAAAAAGGACAACAUGGACGCCGACCCCGCCAUGUUCACUGUUGACGACACGGUCGACGCCACGACGCCGUACCGCGCCCCCUCGACGAGCGGCACCAAGCUCGCCCAAAAUGAGCAGGCGUACGGCGGCUACCCGCAGUACGGCCAGACGCUGUACCAGGAGCCCAACAUGGCCGAGACGGGCUAUGGGGUUGGCGCCGCGCCCCUCCUCGCACACUACGGCAGCGACGGCCAGCAGAGCCGCCACACCUCGAUGCAGUCUGGCGGACCCUUCGGCGACAGCCGGCAAGGCUCGGGCCCCUGGCCUGGCAGCGAGAACUCGUACCCGCUCGGCAGCGACGGGCGGCAAUCGUUCAGUGCCGCGUCCCCAGGCAUGGGCAUGGCGGGCUACGCGUCCCCGGGCUCGGGAUAUGGGUCGUCGUCGCAUGGCGGGUAUAUGACGGGCCCGUCGGCAAGCGAGAAGAGCGUGCCGGCGCACCAGCGCAUGCAUCGCGUCGAGCACGAGCAGGACGCCGGUGGCCUCCCCAUGCCGCCAGAGGACGUCGAGCGCCUCCCGCCCUCGUACAACCCGCACUGGCUCGAUGUACGCUCUUCCCAGCCUGGCGCGUCCACCGCCUCCGCUUCACCCGUGCCGCCGCCCGUAGGCGAUGGCAAGCACUCCGUGCCCACGCCGCAAACCUCCAUGUCGAGCGAUACGGGAUACCCUUCUGCUGCCGGCUCAUCCCAGCACGGUAUGCCCGGUAUGUUCCACCCUCCAGUCGAAAAGCGCUAGGUUUGGCAGUUAUAAGGCAUCUUAGGUUGCCAAUCAAUAUCUUGUACCUGAUGAAUAUUUCUGUGCCC